UCCGGAACGCGAGGCAAAGCCAAAUUGCGCGCGUCGGUCGGCCUGGCCAAUCGCGCGUCUCUUUGGCCUCCCGCGUGGUCCCGCCUCCGAGACGCUUUGGCCAGGGCUGCGGCCGCGCCCGCUUGCCUCGCAGCGUGGGGAUGGCGGCGGGAGAAGUAAACCAAGAUUUCAAGAUGGGAAGUCCAGACUCAGCUGUGAUUUUACCUAGCACUCCACAAGCCGGUGCCAAUCCACCAUCUCCCCCUACAAGUAGUACAAGAAAACAACCUAUGAGUGCAACCCUUAGAGAAAGGUUAAGGAAAACUAGAUCUUCAUUUAAUUCCUGUUAUAGUGUGGUAAAACGACUUAAAGUUGAGAGUGAAGAAAAUGAUCAGACUUUUUCAGAGAAACCAGCAUCUUCAGCAGAAGAAAAAAACUGUUUGGAAUUUCAAGAAAAUUUUAAACACAUAGACAGUGAAUUUGAAGAAAGUCCAUAUUCGAAAAAUACCUUCAAGAAUAUCAGUGCAUGUGAAUCUAAUUCAUUUGAUACUGAAUCAUGCAGAGAUCUCCAAGAUGAUUUUAUGAACGAGAAUCUUCCUAAACAAGGAUUAAACAAAGAAAAAGCAAAAUUGGUGAAGCAGAUUCAGGAGAAAGAAGACCUUCUUCGAAGGCUAAAACUAGUCAAAAUGUAUAGAUCAAAGAAUGACCUGUCUCAGUUACAGUUGUUAAUAAAGAAGUGGAGAAGCUGUAGCCAGCUGUUGCUUUAUGAGUUGCAGUCAGCUAUGUCAGAAGAGAACAAGAAACUAAGCCUUACUCAGCUGAUAGACCACUAUGGGUUAGAUGAUAAACUGCUACACUAUAGCAGAAAUGAAGAAGAAUUUAUAGAUGUUUAAUUCAUAAUUUUUUCUCCAGAAUAUCUUUGUGAACCUAACUAAAAAAUACUUAUACAUUUUAAAGGGAAGAUAUAAACCAUUAGGGCCUAGAGAAAGGUAUCCUGUGAGCCUGGAUCAAUUUAGGGCCUCUGUUAUAUAAAUAUAAACUAGGUUCUAAAAUGAAAAUUUAGUAUUUUGAAUAAAUUUGCCAAAGAAAACUUGACAGUUAAGGAAAUGUGAAAAAAAAUUAAAUCAUAAAAUUUGGAGAAUUGUGGAAGUGAGUUUUAAUACAUUGUUUUAUUUAUUGUGAUAAAAAGUUUUAUUUUUAAUGUUAAAAUAACAUCUUGCAAAUGUCUAAACCUAAACUUGUCUAAAAAUGCCUGCUUCUUCUUAGUUUAUGAUCUUGUUUCCAUUUAUUUACCACAUAUUUCCAUCUGGACGGCCUAGCAGAUAAAUUCAUAUGUUCAAAAUUAUAUUAGUUUCUAUCUCUUCAAAUUUGUUACUUGUAUCCCUCAUCUCAUUUAGUGAAACGAUCAUCUAUUUCUUAUAAAACCUCAUAUCUUCAUCUCCCACUUUGAGGCAUCUUGGUAUACAAGGCCUUUUACAUUUAUCUACCUUUCUAGGUUUUUUUUUUUUUUUUUUUACUUUUUAGGGCCACACCCACGGCAUGUGGAGGGUUCCAGGCUGGGGUUCAAAUUGGAGCUGCCGGCCUUUGCCACACCCAUAGCAACCCAGGAUCUGUGCCACAUCUGUGACCUACACCAUAGCUCAUGGCAACACCAGAUCCUUAACCUACUGAGCGAGGCCGGGAAUUGAACCUGCAACCUCAUGGCUCCUAGUUGGAUUCAUUCCCACUGUGCUACGAUGGGAAAUCCUACCUUUCUAGUUUUAUCUGUGAAAUAAGUUAAACUUAGAUUAUCUACUCCAUUAACAGUGACUCCUCAGCCAGAAACCCACCUCCACUGGGUUAAGGUUCUGGCUGCCAUCCUGGCUAUGGACAGAUUUAUGACCUAAGCUGGCCCAGUCCCUGAAAAUUUGGAAUUGAGCUCAGGAAAGAAAGCUCAUUUCUUUUUUUGGCUGGAGCUGCUGUGUGUGAACUUGGAAGCAGAAAAGCUUAUGUGAUUAAGAAGGGUAGCGUGUGCCCGUAUAGAGAAAGGCAGAGGUGAUGGAGAGAGAACUUUGUGGAUCUGUGGCUUUCUGGUUCCGGUUUCCAGUCUUCCUGAGAGCUUUCUGGAUUUCUGUUCUUGGGUCCUUUUAACGGCUAAGACAGUUUUACUUAGUUUUUAAAAAAAAUCCCCCCCCAAUCUUCUAAAUAAAAAAAGAGUAUUUCCCUACUAUGUGGUAAAUAGCCACUACCCUAACCUUCCCCCCAACCUACCCUCUAACUGUUCCUUACUUUCAGCCCAGUCCUCCAUGAUCCAUCAAACUAUUAAUGUUGCCAUAUCAGGACCCUGCUCUUGCAUCCAGUCUAAUAAGAGUCCUUGUCAGUAACUACCCCCCUGCCCACCCCCCCCACCCCCACCAAAUUCUUGCUUUCUAGACACUGCCAUUGUCAUUGACUUCUGUGAACCCAAGAGGCCUGGCCCAGUCUCACAGAGGACUUACCUGGCUCUGGAAUUCCUGGGUGGGUAUCCAUGAAGAGCUGUGGUGACCAGCCUCCAUUGCUUCUUGCUGCUUAGCUGGAGGCCCUAAAUGUGGCAGCAAAAGUGGUCUCCCUUGUGAUGCUGCUGGCAUUUGACUCAGCUGCCUGCUGCUGACAGCACAUCCCCUGGGUCAUCCUUAUAUGUCCACUUGGGGAAACUACAGCAUCAGUGGGACUCUGGUUCUGGGAGAGCUGGGGAAAAGUUGAGGGUAUUCCAAGGCAUUGGCUGAGUGCUGAGUGCUCCAACAGCUCAGUGGGCACUUGUACAAGAGGAGGUAGGUCAUGGAUUAUGGAUGGGGCUUACGGAAGAGUCUGGGGCUUAGAGAUACCCACAAGGCAAUCCCUUUUUAAUAAUUUCUGUUGAAUUUCACCCCCAUUUAAGAGGAUAUAUUACUAAGAAAUAUUGAAUGCAGUAUUUUUAUUCAUAAAACUGAAAGCUAACAACACAGCACUUGCUUUGUGCCAGUCUUAAAAAUGUUAACUAAUUUGAGUAUUAUAACUAUCCCAAUUUUAAAGAUAAUGACAUUUAUGAUAAACUAUUUGAAAACUAAGUGGUUUUUUUUUUUUUUUUUGGUUUUUCCUUUUGUUUUUGUCUUUUUAGGGCUGUACCUGUAGCAUAUAGAGAUUCCCAGGUUAGGGGGCAAGUUGGAGCCAUAGCCAUUGGCCUAUGCCACAGCCACAGCAACACCAGAUCCAUGCCUCAUUUGUGACCUACACCACAGCUUGUGGCAACACUGGAUCCUUUAACCCACUGAGCAAGGCCAGGGAUUGAACCCGUAUACUCAUGGAUACUAGUUGGGUUCUUAAGGUACUGAGCCACAAUGGUCGCUCCUAAGAGGUUUUGUUUUUUUUUUUUUUUUUUGUCUUUUUGCCAUUUCUUGGGCCACUCCUGCGGCAUAUGGAGGUUCCCGGGCUAGGGGUUGAAUCGGAGCUGUAGCUGCCAGCCUACGCCAGAGCCACAGCAACGCAGGAUCCAAGCCGCGUCUGCGACCUACACCCAGCUCACGGCAACGCCGGAACCUUGACCCACUGAGCAAGAGCAGGGAUCGAACCCGCAACCUCAUGGUUCCUAGUCGGAUUCGUUAACCACUGUGCCACGAUGGGAACUCCCUAAGAGGUUAUUUUUAAACUUAAGUGGGCAGAGCCAGAAUUUGAACCCAAGCAACCUGUCAACAGAACCCAUACUCUUAAGUCCUAUCCUCAAAACAAUCUUAUGUUUGACCCAAUUAAUUACUGCUUGAUAAUACAGAUAAUAUUUUAAAGGGCUAUAAAAAUAUGAAUAUAAUUGUUCUUAGUUCAGAAGAAGCUGAGAGUAAUCAGUUCCAUGGACUUAUCAAGGAAGGAUUGGGUUGCAUGACCAAUGUUUCCCUCCAAAUCACCAACUAACAUCCCCAGACCAAGGGAGGGCUCUUGUUGAAAGCGCUGCUACUAGAAUCCAGCUUGAGGGUGGGGGGUGGGGGCAAGAGGCUCCUGCUAACCUCUAUUCUAUGCCUCAAAACAAGGAGCAUUGCCAGAAUCACCCAGGCUGGACACUAAGAAAUAGAAACCACUAUUUGGUUUGUUAAGAUCUGGGAAUCCACAAGCACUGUCCAGUGAAAUUUGUGGCAUUGACUUGUAGCAAAUGGUUGACUCAAGCCAGCAGGAGAGAGAACUUCUGACAUUCUAUCUUAAGUACAAAGUAUUUGCACCCCUCACACAUUUCCCACCCACCUCGCACAAUCCCCAUCUUAGUGAUACUUUUGAAAGCACCUGUGUUAUCAAUGGAUGUUUUGCUGCUUAAGCAGCCAAGCUGAUUAUGUCAGGAAUCAUUCCAGUAUAAGGAGGGGUGUUGUCAAAAUGAUGUUAGUUCUAUUAUUUUGCUUUCAAUCCCAUCCACCACCCAUCACUGUACAGGUGAUCAUUUAUGGCACUGGCAAUUUCUAAAUAGAAGAUUUUAAGUCUUCUAAAAAUUUUUUUCUAAACAGAAUGUUUUAUAAUUGCUCUUUUGUUUUCCUACACUACAGUGUACAAGGGAUAUGGUGUUGCAAACUAAACAACAUUUAACUCACAAAAUGCAGAACGAGACAUUGAUAUCAGUUGGAGAUUGUGGUCAGUGAUCCCAGAGGUACAGAAGCCCAUAGGCUAUGGAAAGUCAAAGCAGUUUUCUGACUAAUUUUCUCAUUACUUAAUUAUCGUCAUCUAUAUAAAUAAAGUGAUAAACUAUUUCAUGAAAAUGUAAAGAUUUUGAUUACCAAAUUCCUGGGUGUGUGUGUGUUGUUUCCCCACACCAAGCAAUUCUCAAAUACUAGAUGUCCUAAAAUUCAACUCGACUCGGACCCUUCUAUCUGGUGAUGCAUCAGAUUCCACAAGCUAAGGACUCAGUCCCAUAAGACUGCCCUCCACUUCAGAUGCUGACUAAAACCCAAGUUGUUUCCUAUGCUUUUGACUGACUGGCAGUAAAUCAGAGGUUCCCACAACUGCCCCCCUCCUUCCGUGGGUUCAAUUAAUUUACCAGAGUAGUUCACAGAACUCAGAGAAACAUUUCAUUUACUAUAUUACCAGUUUAUUAUUAAAAGAAUCUGACUCAGGAACCUCCAGAUAGAAGAGCUGCAUAGUGCAAGUUAAGGGGAAAGGCUCAGAGCUUGCUUGUUCUCUUUGGGCACACUCCAAACCCCAUCCUUGUGGGUUUUUAUGGGGGCUUCAUUAUGUAGGCAUGAUUGAUUAAAUCUUUGGACAUUGGUGAUCAAUUCAACUUCCAGGUCCUUUAUUGUUUCUGGAGGUGAGGUGUGUAUGGGGCAGUAUUUGGACAGAAAGUUAAGACUCUAAUCACAGGGUUGGUUCUCCUGGCAACCAGUCCCCGUAUUCUUAUUCUUUUUCAGUCCAAAAGUCACCACAUUAACAUAACAAGACACCUAUACCCCUCUCAUCACUUAGGAAAUUCCAAGGGUUUUAGGAUCUCUGGGCCAGUGAUAGUGUCAAAGACCGAAUAUAUAUGUCUUAUUGUAAACCCCAAUAUCACAAAAUGAGAAAGUGCUUUUUUUCUGUUUACUAAACCCGAUUGGGUAGGGUACAAAAUUAAGUUCUGUUGCAAUAAAUAUGAAAUAUUAAGAUUGUUAUGUUUAUCUAAAAGAAAAUAUAAUUUACAAAUGAUUUAGGGCUUGAUAAAAGUGAACAUCUUGUUUCCAUUGGUAGGACAGGGAAUAAUAUACAUUCUGUCUUUUUAUGGUCAUAGAGAAAUGCUUAUUGAAUAAAAUGGGAAAUAUAGAGAAUUAUAAAAGAUAAAAAUCAUUCAUAAUCUCAAUGGUAAUUUUAUAAGAUUAGAAAUAUCAGUAGUGACUAAGAAUGAUUUUUUUGACUUUAAGACUUGAUAUACUACUAUUGUGAAAAUAAUUUUUGAACAAAUUAAGACAUUAAAAUAGAUCUUGAAUACAUUCUGGGUUAAAAUCUUGUUCAUUCUUAAAUAAAAACAAUCCAUGAUAUUUGAGAUAUUUAUUCAUUCAGGACAAACAUUUUUAUAAUGAUUAAGGCUAAAAUCAAAUAAUUUGCUAUUAAAAAUAUGCAACUAAGAGGAGACUCUACUUUAAUUUUCCGAGAUGAGAGAAAGAGAAAUCAUUUCAACCAAAUGAAAUUAUUUUUAAAAUGAAUGAAUGAUUUGGUCUUAUGUUUCCCACGAGUAUUUUUACAUUUGAACAAGAGCAGGAAAUGUUUUCAUCCUUAAUCUUUCAACUUCAGCCUGUAGUAUUGAAAUCUGCUCUGCUUGUUCUUUUGAAAUUUUUGUUAACUUUUGUUGUUGCAUCAUGUUUUCAUAUCGUUCUUUUGCAAUCUUUUCACAAGUCAGUUUAGACCCUAUCCCAAAAAUGAAGAAGGAAUUAGUU